AAAAACCAAGUGGAAGACUCACAGUACCUUUCUCUCAAAUAUUCUAUUCACUAUUUUUUUUGCUCUCUUCUGUGUCGGCUAUAUAUCGGCGUUUGUAUCUGCAUCUGCAUCUGUUCCUAUUCACACACAAAUCGCUAGUUUUGUUCCGUUACGUUACUCAUUGUCUUCGAUUUUCUGAUCUGCACUUUCGAUCUGUUCGCUCACGCCUGAUCCGGCUCUGCAUCUCCGGAGCACAAUGACGGAGGAGCAGGUUGUGAAUGUGAGCGGCGAAGAAGGCAAUUCGGGCGACGAUCACCGCGGCGUAAAUGUCAAGGGAGUUGCACACACUGUGGAUGGCGAUGUGGAUCUCGCCUCCGGUGGAGCUUCGUCGGAGGAAUUGGCGGUGAAAAAUUGCAAGGAUGCAGAGGCUAACGGUACGGCGGAGGAAGCUUCUGAAAAGGACGGUGAAUUGAAACGUGUAUGCAGUGAAGGCGGCGCAGGAUCCGUUCGGAACGGUGUCGUGGAGAAUGAGACUCGAGCUGCUGCUGCGGAUGAGCUAGUUGCGGAUCACGAGGAAUAUGUUGUUGUCGGUGCCUCGGAUGUUCAAAACAGUGCCGCUGCGGAGGGCGAGAUUGUCGGUGAUGCGAAUGGGAACGUGAAUGAAGUUGAGGAAUGUGAACUUUUGGAUCGUGCGGAGGUUUCUGGAGAUGAAAACGGUGUCGUUGUCAAUGUCGUGGAGGGAGAUACUGACGUGAAUCAAGGUGAUCGUGACUUCGAAUGCGUUGAAGUUCACAAUGAUGUGGCGAUGGUGGACGGAGCUGAGGAGGAAGUGACUACGGCUGCUGAUGCGAACGGUGGAGAUCACGUGCAGAGUAAAAGUGAGUCUAUCUCUGAUAAAGAUGUGGAUAAAAGUGGGGAAAUCGAAAAUGUUGUUAGUGCAGAUGUCUCGGAUAACAAAGACAUUGUAACUAAGGAAAAUCAUGAUGUGGAAGAAGUCACCGAGAGGAAUGAGGUUCCAGUUGAUGUUGGUGGCAUUUCAGGUACUACAGAUGUGAAGGAAUAUGAACCUGAAGACGCUAGAAAUAGUUCAGAGACUGGGCAGAUUGAGUCUGCCUCUGGUUUGGCAGAGUCAGAGCAUGAGCCUAGUGAGUGCACUGAGGAGAAUGAAAUUGUUGUUGAAGGUGAAUCAGGCAGUAAGUUGGAAAGGUCUGAGCAGGAAACAGGAAGUGAACUAGUUCAUAAAGGAGAAAGAACGACAGCCUUAAACAUAACAGAUGUGAAUGGAGAUGGUGAUGUUGUGUCUGAUAUUGCAGCGGAGAGUACAUCUGAACCUUCUGUUAAUGUUUGUGAGAUGAAAAACAAUGUGGUUGAUUGUGAUGGUGAACUUAAUGUUCAUGUACAGGAGAUGAAAAAUGCUGCAGUAAUUAGUGAAGCUGGAACUUCAAAUGGUGCAGUGCAGAGUGAAAGUACACCUUCAGCUGUGUCUGAGAUGGAAAACAGUACAGAGGAGGUUGAGGCUGAACCUUCAAACUUUGCAGUGGAGGGUGAAGCUAAACCUUCAAAUGGUGCAGCGGAGAGGGAAGUUGAACCUUCAAAUGGUGCAGUGGAGAGGGAAGUUGAAUCUUCAAAUGGUGUGGUGGAGAGUGGAACUGGACCUUCGAAUGGUGAAGUUGAGAGUGUACCUGAGCCAUCAAAUGGGGCACUUGAGAGUGUAGCUGAAUCUUCAAAUGGUGCAGUUGAGGAUGAAGCUGAAUCUUUAAAUGGUGCAGUUGUAAGUGAAGUCAAGACAUUAAAUGGUGCAGUUGAGAUUGUAGCUGAACCUUCAAAUGGUACAGUUGAGUUUGUAGCUGUACCUUCCAAUGGUGCAGUUGAGGGUGAAGCUGAACCUUCAAACGAGGAAGUUGUGAGUGAAGCUGAUUUAUCAAAUGGUGCAGUUGAAAGUGUAACUGGGCCUUCAAAUGGUGCAGUUGAUGUUGAAGCUGAAUCUUCAGCUGUGAAUGAAACUGAGCCAUCAAAUGGAGCAGUUGAACCUUCAAAUGUUGAAGUUGAACCUUCAAAUGGUGCAGUUGAGAGUCAAACUGAACCUUCAAAUGGUGAAAUGGAGAGUGAAGCUGAACCAUCAAAUGGUUCAGUUGAGAAUGAAGCUGAACCUUCGGAUAGGGAAGCUGAACCUUCAGAUGGUGCAGUGGAGAGAGAAGCAGAACCUUCAAACGGGGUAGCAGAGAGGGAAGCUGAACCUUCAAAUGGCGUAGUUGAGAGUGAAGCUGAACCUUCAAAUGGUGCAGUGGAGAGAGAACUUGAACCUUCAAAUGGUGUACUGGAGAGAGAAGCUGAACCUUCAGAUGGUGUGGUUGAGACUGAAGCUGAACCUUCAAAUGGUGCAGUGGAGAGAGAAUCUGAACCUUCAAAUGGAUCAGUGGAGAGAGAAGCUAAACCUUCAGAUGGUGUAGCUGAGAGUGAAGCAGAACCUGCAAGUGGUGUAGCUGAGAGUGAAGCAGAACCUGCAAAUGGUGAAGCGGAGAGUGAAGUUAAACCUUCCAAUGGUGUAGUUGAGGGUGAAGCGGAACCUUCAAACGGUGAAGUAGAGAGUGAAGCUAAACCUACAAACGGUGAAGUAGAGAGUGAAGCUAAACCUUCAAACGGUGAAGUAGAGAGUGAAGCUAAACCUUCAAACGGUGAAGUAGAGAGUGAAGCUAAACCUUCAAACGGUGAAGUAGAGAGUGAAGCUAAACCUUCAGACGGUGUAGUUGAGAGUGAAGCUAAACCUUCAGACGGUGUAGUUGAGAGUGAAGCUAAACCUUCAGACGGUGUAGUUGAGAGUGAAGCUAAACCUUCAGACGGUGUAGUUGAGAGUGAAGCUAAACCUUCAGACGGUGUAGUGGAGAGUGAAGCUAAACCUUCAGACGGUGUAGUAGAGAGUGAAAGUGAAUCUUCUGUUGAUUUGCGUGAGAUGAAAAACAAUGCAGUGAAUAGUGAAGCUGAACUUUCAACUGGUGCACUGAAGAGUGAAACUGAAUCUUCUGCUGUAUCUGACAUUAAAAGGAUUCCGUUGGAGAGUGAAGAUGAACAUUCAAAGGGGGCAGUGGAGAGUGAAAGUACACCUUCAGCUGUGUCUGAGAUGGAAAACAGUACAGAGGAGGUUGAGGCUGAACCUUCAAACGGUGAAGUAGAGAGUGAAGCUAAACCUUCAAACGGUGAAGUAGAGAGUGAAGCUAAACCUUCAAACGGUGAAGUAGAGAGUCAAGCUCAACCUGCAGACGGUGCAGUCGAGAGUGAAGCUAAACCUUCAGACGGUGUAGUUGAGAGUGAAGCUAAACCUUCAGACGGUGUAGUUGAGAGUGAAGUCGAACGUGCAAACGGUGUAGUAGAGAGUGAAGCUAAACCUUCAGACGGUGUAGUUGAGAGUGAAGCUAAACCUUCAGACGGUGUAGUUGAGAGUGAAGCUAAACCUUCAGACGGUGUAGUUGAGAGUGAAGCUAAACCUUCAGACGGUGUAGUAGAGAGUGAAAGUGAAUCUUCUGUUGAUUUGCGUGAGAUGAAAAACAAUGCAGUGAAUAGUGAAGCUGAACUUUCAACUGGUGCACUGAAGAGUGAAACUGAAUCUUCUGCUGUAUCUGACAUUAAAAGGAUUCCGUUGGAGAGUGAAGAUGAACAUUCAAAGGGGGCAGUGGAGAGUGAAGCUCAACCUGUAGUUGAAGGUGAAGGCAGCAAUCAAGGAGAUGAAGACACAAGACCUGCCUUGGAUGCUACUGAUGUACAGAAUGUGGGUGCAGAGAUAGUGAAAAAGCCAUUCUUCUAUUUGAUCAGGGUUCCCAGAUAUGAUGAUGAUGAAAACAUUAAAGAGCAGAUUGAAAAAACUCUUCGCCAAGUAGAAGAGAAGACUAAAAUUCGAGAUUCUAUUCGAGCUGAAAGCCAGACUAUAAAGGCCCGUUGUAAGGAUUGCGACCAAGAAGUUAAGGCUGCAAUAGCAGCCCACAGAGCUGCUCGGGACCAGCUCAAAUCCAAACGCCAGGAGAUGGAUUCGGUUCAAUCCAAAAUGAACAGAUUAAACAAUGCAAUUUCUGUUGGGGAUAUAGAUGGCAAGAUAAGAAACAUGGAACACAUGAUUCAGCACGAAACUUUGCCUUUGAAUGAAGAAAAGCAAUUGAUACGCCAAAUCAAACAAUUGAAGCAGAAUCGAGAGGAGCUGUCUUCUAAUAUGAGAAAGCAGGAUCAAUCACAACAAUCUCUAGACCACAAGGAGGGCAAUAUUGAAGAGCACUCUAAGCAUUUACAGCUUCUGAAGAAGGAAAUGGAAGUGCUUAGAAAUAAUGUUCUGAAGUUAGAUGCGACAACUAAAGACGCAAAGAAGAAAUAUAAUAAUGAAUAUGAUAAGCUGAAUGAGUUGAUUGCUCAGUUUAAGGCAGCUGAUGAAGUUCGUCAAGAGGCAUAUGCUAAGUCAGUGGCUUUGAAAAAACAAUUGCAUGAGAAGGGCAAACAUUUCUGGGAUUACAGAAAGGCUGCAAAUAAAGCGCAGGAACUAGCAGCAGUAGGGAAAAAAGAGGAGCUACAAUGCUUCUGUGUUGAUCAGGUUGAGAGAAUUAUGGAGCUAUGGAACAAAAAUGACGAUUUCAGAAGGGACUAUGUCCGAUGCAACACUAGGAGUACACUUAGGAGACUGCAAACCCUAGAUGGCCGAUCACUUGGUCCUGAUGAAGAACCCCCUGUAAUUCCUAAUGUCAUAACUGUAAGAGCUUCCAAAAAUAUUUCCGUGGUCUCGCAAUCAACUCUGGAACAAGAAAAGAAACCCCCCUCAAUAGAAUCUGUUAUUAUAAAGGAUGAACCUGUUUCGAAGGUUGUAGUGCAAAGAACUGAGACUAGUCAGACAACUAAAGCUAAAAAUCCUACCAAACCUUCUCCCUUAGAAAAACCUGUGGCUCACUGGGGUGAUGAGUCUGAUGAAGAAGUUAAAAAAGAAGAACCUGUGAGAACAAAGGAGGAAGAGGAACUGUUACUGAAGGCUGAAAAGGCAAAGAAGGAGGAAGAGGAGGCAAUGUUGAAGGAAAAGCGGAGGCUAGAGGAGAUUGAGAAAGCUAAGGAGGCCCAGCAGAGGAAAAAGCGUAAUGCAGAGAAGGCUCAACAAAGGGCUGCCUUAAAGGCACAAAAAGAAGCUGAACAGAAAGAGAAGGAAAGGGAGAAGAGGGCAAGGAAGAAGGAAAGAAGAAAGGCAGCUUCUGUUGUCACUGCAGAUAAUAUAGAACAAGAAUCUGCUCCUACCUCAGAAAUUCUAACAAGAAGUGUGGAAGAACAUGAUCAGAGUGAGAAACCAACUGAGCUAACAAAAAAGCCGCAGAAACCAUCUCAAUUCACGAAGCAGACCAAGCCAAAAUCUGUACCCCUGGCUCUCCGCAACCGGGGAAAGAGACGAAUUCAACCAUGGAUGUGGGUUCUAAUUGCAGUUAUAGUUGCUGUUGCCUUGUUUUAUGUGGGCAAUAGCAGUGUUCUGAGAUCUUCACUUCAAGGCUUUGGUUUCUGAAGACACUCCAGAGCAAUCACUAGGUGCGCGCGUCGGGGAUGUUACCCUUACAUAUUUAUUACAUACAUACAUAUAUAUAGAUGCAAUUCUUUCUUGCCCUUGCAAUUUUUUCCUGCUAGUUUUGGUCUAUAGUCAUUAUUUUCUUCAUAUUGAGAUUUUUGUUUUUUACUUUGGGAUGUGUCGUGAUUGCCGAAUGCUUCUGCCACCAAUUAUGAGAAAAUAAUAAAUUAUUGUGAUUGUGCCCUUC